CCACUGUCUGGCUUCACGGGACCUUGUACGCAUGCUCGGGAGCUGAACUUGAGGAGCCAGUCUGGGGCCUAGGCGCAGACGCGUUGAGCUGAGGCAGCCGGUGAUGGCGGCAGCAGCAGUGCAGUCUGCGGCGGGUCCGGGCCCAUGAGGCGACGACGGAGGCGGGACGGCUUCUACCCGGCGCCUGACUUCCGAGACAGGGAAGCUGAGGACAUGGCAGGAGUGUUUGACAUAGACCUGGACCAGCCGGAGGACGCAGGCUCUGAGGAUGAGCUGGAGGAGGGGGGUCAGUUAAAUGAAAGCAUGGACCAUGGGGGAGUUGGACCAUAUGAACUUGGCAUGGAACAUUGUGAAAAAUUUGAAAUCUCAGAAACUAGUGUGAACAGAGGGCCAGAAAAAAUCAGACCAGAAUGUUUUGAGCUACUUCGGGUACUUGGUAAAGGGGGCUAUGGAAAGGUUUUUCAAGUACGAAAAGUAACAGGAGCGAAUACUGGGAAGAUAUUUGCCAUGAAGGUGCUCAAAAAGGCAAUGAUAGUAAGAAAUGCUAAAGAUACAGCUCAUACAAAAGCAGAGCGGAAUAUUCUGGAGGAAGUAAAGCAUCCCUUCAUUGUGGAUUUAAUUUAUGCCUUUCAGACCGGUGGAAAACUCUACCUCAUCCUUGAGUAUCUCAGUGGAGGAGAACUAUUUAUGCAGUUAGAAAGAGAAGGAAUAUUCAUGGAAGACACAGCUUGCUUUUACUUGGCUGAAAUCUCCAUGGCUUUGGGGCAUUUACAUCAAAAGGGGAUCAUCUACAGAGACCUGAAGCCGGAGAACAUCAUGCUAAAUCACCAAGGUCAUGUGAAACUAACAGACUUUGGACUGUGCAAAGAAUCAAUUCAUGAUGGAACAGUCACGCACACAUUUUGUGGCACAAUAGAAUACAUGGCCCCUGAAAUCUUGAUGAGAAGUGGCCACAAUCGUGCUGUGGAUUGGUGGAGUUUGGGAGCAUUAAUGUACGACAUGCUGACUGGAGCACCUCCAUUCACUGGGGAGAAUAGAAAGAAAACAAUUGACAAAAUCCUCAAAUGUAAACUGAAUUUGCCUCCCUACCUCACGCAAGAAGCUCGAGAUCUGCUUAAAAAGCUGCUGAAAAGAAACGCUGCUUCUCGUCUUGGAGCUGGCCCUGGGGAUGCUGGAGAAGUCCAAGCUCAUCCAUUUUUCAGACACAUUAACUGGGAAGAACUUCUGGCUCGGAAGGUGGAGCCUCCCUUUAAACCUCUGUUGCAAUCUGAAGAGGAUGUGAGUCAGUUUGAUUCAAAGUUUACACGUCAGACACCUGUUGACAGCCCCGAUGACUCAACUCUCAGUGAAAGUGCCAACCAGGUCUUUCUGGGUUUUACAUAUGUGGCUCCAUCUGUACUUGAAAGUGUAAAAGAAAAGUUUUCCUUUGAACCAAAAAUCCGAUCGCCUCGAAGAUUUAUUGGUAGCCCACGAACGCCUGUCAGCCCAGUCAAAUUCUCUCCUGGGGAUUUCUGGGGACGAGGUGCUUCAGCCAGCACGGCAAAUUCUCAGACACCUGUGGAAUACCCAAUGGAAACAAGUGGAAUAGAGCAGAUGGAUGUGACAAUGAGCGGGGAAGCAUCAGCGCCACUUCCAAUCCGACAGCCGAACUCCGGGCCAUAUAAAAAACAAGCAUUUCCUAUGAUCUCCAAACGGCCAGAGCACCUGCGUAUGAACCUAUGACAAAAUAAUGCUCUUAUUAAUGCAAAUACAAAAAGGAAACAAAUCGGGGGAGGGGAUGCAUGAGCAUCCUACAAGAUAAAAACAAGAAUCAAAAUGGCAGUCUCAAAGAGUCAGCGUCACUACCUAGAAGGCUUUGGAUGGAGAAAAAAUAAACAUGGAUUUUUUUAAAAAAAAUCAAUCAAUGGUGCAAAAAAUAAACCCACAAAAAAGAAAAAAAAAAAAACUUAAGCAAAAGAGUAUUGUGGAAUCCACAGACACAUCAAUUGACUGGUUCCUAUCCUAGCAACAUCUCAGCGUUAGCAAGGGUUUUCAUGCUGACGGCUCCAAACUGACAGUAUUAAGAGUUGGAUGUUGCUUCUGAAUCACCGCUGAAGUCUGAUGAUUUCAAAGAAGGGUUUAUCUCUCAUAGGCAAUGUAUGAGAUUGCCUAUAGUACUUGCAACUAAGGACAGAUUAGCAUGCAAGCUUUGUCAAACUUUUUCCAGCAACAUGGAAUUAAAGACAAAAGAAACUUAUCGAUUGAUGUUUUACGUGCAAACAACCUGAAUCUUUUUUUUAUAUAAAUAUAUAUUUUUCAAAUAGAUUUUUGAUUCAGCUCAUUAUGGAAAACAUCCCAAACUUGCAAAAUUAUUGGUUGGUAUGAAGAAAGCCAGCUUCUGUUUCUUCUCUUGAUGAAAUAAAAUGCAAAUGAAUCAUUGUUAACCACAGCUGUGGCUCGUUUGAGGGCUUGGGGUGGACCUGGGGUGUUUUUUAUUUUUUGUUUUAGUAACCUAGCUGCAAUACCUGUAUGUAAUACUAGGAGGAAGAAAGUCUGCUUAAAUUAUUUCUACUUGCAGCACUGCUGUGUGUUAGGCUUAACCGCAAGCCUUGGGACAGGCAGAAGUUGUAUGUGCUACAUUUCAUCCUUGUCCUGGGCCUGCACUACACUGGAAAAAAAAUAGUGUCACCUGUUCCUACACCAGUAUUUGAGUCAAGCCCAGGGCUGCAGGGACAGAAGAGAGAGAAGCUAAAGUGCUAACGAGGGCAGUAAGCAGGGGAGCUAGAGAUCUGCGGGGAAGAGGGUGCUGUCCUGUCCACCCUCUGUCUCCUUCACGGCAUAUUGGUAAGGUUUUCAGUUUUACUUUGUACUGUUUUUGCUGUUUACCUUCCUUAAUAUUUUUUUCCCUUGAGAGUUUAAAAAAGAAAAAAUGGUGUUUUUUUUUUUUUUUCCCCUCCUAUACUGGGGCUACAUUUUUUAAUUGUAAAAAUAUUUGAUGGCCUUUCGAUGAAUGUCUUCCAUAGUGAAUAAGAAAACUCAGUGGCUUAAUUUAGGAAACAUGUUAAAAUGACACUGUUUUUGAAAUUGUAUCAAAAUCUACAUAAGUGAUUUACAGGUACAAAGAAUAAAAAUAAAGGUAACUUUACCUGUCUUAAAUA